AUGUAUUUCAUGGUUCUGUACCAUAUAACGAGUAUCAUGAACAUGAAAGUUGGAAAAGAUCAUGUUCAUGAAGAACCCACCCACGAAGCAAAACGGUUUUAUGAUAUGUUCGCUGCUGCAAACAAUCCACUGUAUGAUAGAUGUCGAAAAGGGAAAUCGCCAUUAUCGUUGGCAGCUUGGUUCAUGAUUAAUAAGGUCGACUACAAUUUUUCUGAAAAUUGCAUGGAUUCAUGGACAAGAUUGUUUACGGAGUAUUUACCAGAGGGUAAUCAGAUAAUUGUAAGCUCUUUUGGAAAGAUGAUGAGAAGUUGGAGCAUUGCAAGUUCUGCGGGAAACCAAGAUAGGCUGAAGAAAAUGUACCAAUCUGAGAAGACUGCAACUUCUGUGAGAUGGCAUGCUGAGCAUAACUCUGAGGAGGGAUUAAUGUGUCAUCCUUCAAAUGCGGCUGAGUGGAAGCAUUUCCAGCAAUUGCAUCCUUUAUAUGCAGCAGAAACGCGUAAUGUUUAUCUGAGAUUAUGUACAGAUGGUUUCAAUCCUUUUGGGAUGUCGAAACAACAUUCGUUACGACCAGUGAUAUUGAAUCCAUACAACUUGCCUCCUGAUGAUGUAACAUGUUGUUUGCAGAAAAAUUUGACGAGCGUUCCUUCACCUCUAAAUCUUGGGUUCCGAGUCUGCAAGUUCCAAGAGUCGAUGGAGUUGAUUGAUGUUGGUGGGUUCCUCCAAAUUUUUGAAGCAAAAGAUUUCCAAAUCCCUGCGGAGAAAGGGCAUUCAAAGAAGAGGCGGUCUUUCGUGAUGUAUGGUCUUCGUGAUGGUCCUUCGGGACGUGUAGCCUGUUUAAGAGACCCUUCUAGAUGUGUGGUCUUCAUGACGGUCUUUCGAGACGAGUGGUCUUUGGGACGGUCCUUCGAGGCAAGUGGUCUUUCUGACGGUACUUCGAGACGUGUGGACAUUUGUUGGCCUUACUGGUGGCUUUUGUGGAAUGUUAAUGAUCUUUGUGUGGUCAUGAGUUAUCUUUUCACCUCAAACAACGAAACUCAUCAUCCAAUGUCUAACAGUCUUCUGCUCCACCCAUUAUCUCCUCCUGUACCACCGGCAAGUUCUCCCUCAGCCUCUGUCUCCCGUAACCAUCACCGACGUAUUCUCUCCUUAUCUGAAACAUGUUCAGACAUAUCUCAGCUCAAGCAACUCCACGCCUUCACUCUCCGUACCACUUACCCAGACGAACCCGCAACUCUGUUCCUCUACGGCAGAAUCCUCCAGCUUUCUUCCUCCUUCUCCGACGUUAACUACGCGUUUCGGGUUUUCGAUUCAAUCCAAAACCGUAGCUCUUUCAUGUGGAACACUCUCAUCAGAGCAUGUGCUCACGAUGUUUCAAGGAAAGAAGAAGCCUUUAUGCUUUACCUGAAAAUGUUAGAGAAAGGUGAAUCCUCACCGGAUAAACAUACGUUUCCGUUUGUAUUGAAAGCUUGCGCUUAUAUAUUCGGGUUGUCGGAAGGGAAGCAGGUUCAUUGUCAGGUUGUGAAACAUGGGUUUGGUGGAGAUGUGUAUGUUAACAAUGGUUUGAUUCAUUUGUAUGGUUCUUGUGGAUGUUUGGAUUUAGCACGCAAAGUGUUUGAUGAAAUGCCUGAGAGAAGUCUUGUUUCUUGGAAUUCGAUGAUUGAUGCUCUUGUUCGGGUCGGGGAGUAUGAUUCUGCGUUACAACUGUUUAGAAAGAUGCAGGAGUCGUUGGAACCAGAUGGUUAUACAAUGCAGAGUGUUUUGAGUGCGUGUGCUGGUCUUGGAUCUUUGUCAUUAGGUACUUGGGCGCAUGCGUUUCUGUUACGAAAAUGUGAUGUCGAUGUUGCUAUGAAUGUUUUGAUUAAGAACUCGUUGAUCGAAAUGUAUUGUAAAUGCGGGUCUUUGAGAAUGGCUGAGCAAGUGUUUCAAGGGAUGCUAAAACGUGAUUUAGCUUCAUGGAACGCAAUGAUUCUUGGGUUUGCUACACACGGAAGAGCUGGAGAAGCUAUGGACUGCUUCGACCGUAUGGUUAGAAAAGGAGAGAGUAUUAAACCGAACUCAAUCACUUUUGUUGCCUUGCUCAUCGCUUGCAAUCACAGGGGGAUGGUAAACAAAGGAAGACAGUAUUUUGACAUGAUGGUUAGAGAUUAUGGUAUUGAACCAGCGUUAGAGCAUUACGGUUGUAUCAUCGACCUUGUUGCCCGUGCAGGCUACAUCAGUGAAGCUAUCCACAUGGUGAUGAGCAUGCCAAUGAAACCAGAUGUAGUGAUCUGGAGAAGUCUCCUUGACGCUUGUUGCAAAAAAGGUGCUAGUGUCGAGCUAAGUGAAGAAAUUGCUAGACAUAUCAUUGAAUCAAGGGAAGGUAACCAAAGUUUUAACAGUAGCUACAGUGGUGCAUAUGUGUUGUUAUCAAGUGUUUAUGCUUCAGCUAGCCGGUGGAACGAUGUUGGAAUGGUCAGAAAACUAAUGACUGAACAUGGAAUUAGAAAAGAGCCCGGAUGCAGUUCUAUUGAGAUAAAUGGCAUCUCCCAUGAGUUUUUUGCAGGAGACACAUCACACCCUCAGACGAAACAGAUAUACCAACAGUUAGAAGUGAUUGACGACAGACUGAGAUCGAUUGGUUAUUUACCGGAUUGCUCUCAAGCACCAUUAGUCGAUGCAACAAAUGAUGGUAGCAAAGAGUACUCCCUCAAGCUUCAUAGUGAGAGACUUGCCAUUGCUUUUGGACUGAUAAGCUUACCACCUCAAACUCCAAUCCGUAUAUUCAAGAAUCUACGUGUAUGCAGCGAUUGCCACGAGGUUACUAAACUGAUCUCAAAAGUCUUCAACACUGAGAUCAUUGUGAGAGAUCGUGUACGCUUUCAUCACUUCAAAGAUGGAUCCUGCUCUUGUUCAGACUAUUGGUAGCAAGAACUAGUUGUAGGGAUAUAUAUAAAAGGGAAAAAACCGUUCAUGCAGUGUA